UACAGUUGAACUUACCCAGGUUAUACUAGGAAAAUACUAUUGGCUUGUUAUAUGUCAGUGAACAAAAAUUUUUGAUUAGACUCUGCGUCGGACCGACUCGAUGGUAUCUCUUUGUUAUCGCACAUUGGCCAGUUAUGUCAGCGAUGACAACCUUUCUGGAUUGCAAAAUUUUCUUGAAAAUAAAAGAAUUCAAGUUGAUGAUCGUGAUGAGAAUGGCAGCACAGCCCUUAUUCUUUCAGCAAGUAGAGGAAAAAUUCAUUUUGUUCGAGAACUUAUCAAUCACGGGGCAGAUGUUAAUGCUGAAGAUGUGGAUAACUGGACGGCAUUACUUUUUGCGGCUAAAGAAGGAUACAAUGAUGUUUGUAUUGAACUCCUUGAACAUGGAGCCAUUCUUGAACAUCAUGACAUGGGAGGAUGGACAGCUCUUAUGUGGGCAACAUAUAAAUACAGAACUUCAACGGUAACAUUAUUAUUGUCACGUUGUGCAGAUGUUAAUGCACACGGAAACUAUCACAUAUCUUCUUUACUGUGGGCAGCUGGUCGUGGAUACACUGAAAUCGUUAAAGAUUUGCUUACUUAUGGUGCUAAAGUCAAUGUUGGUGAUAAGUAUGGUACAACUGCAAUUAUUUGGGCUUCUAGGAAAGGUAACAUAGAAAUUGUAGAUGCCCUCCUUAAAGCUGGUUCAACGGUUGAUACAGCUGGAAUGUAUUCGUGGACACCGCUUUUAGUAGCGACCCUUGGGAAUCACGUUGAAGUUGUUUUGCUACUCCUUGAUUACAAACCAAACGUGAAUGCUGUGGAUAAGGAUGGCUGUACUGCGCUUUCGAUUGCGUGUAGAGAUGGUUAUCAUGAAAUUGCAAAUGCCUUGCUUAAUGCUGGGGCUUAUAUUAAUAUUCAAGACAAAUGUGGCGAUACAAAUUUAAUUCACGCUGUAAAAGGUGGACAUAGAGGUGUUGUCGAAUCUUUACUGAAAAAAUACGCAGAUGUUGACAUUCCUGGCAAAGAUCGAAAAACAGCUACUUAUAUAGCAGUGGAAAAAGGUAACGUGCAAAUAUUAAAAGUACUGCUGAGUGCUAAUCCUGACCUUGAAAUCGCCACGAAAGAUGGAGACACUCCGUUAUUACGAGCUGUGAGGUCACGUAAUGCCGAAAUAAUACAACUACUGUUAGACAAAAAAGCGAAAGUAUCGACAAUGGAUAAAAAGGGUGAUACUGUACUGCAUAUUGCAAUGCGUGCUAGAUCUAAAGGCAUCGUUGAGAUUCUUCUUAGAAAUCCAAAAAAUAGUCAACUCCUUUACAGACCUAAUAAGCAGGGCGAGACUCCAUACAAUAUUGAUAUCAAUCAUUCAAAAACAAUAUUGGGACAAAUUUUUGGUGCUCGUCGAUUAAAUACAAACGAAGAUAAUGAAAAUAUGCUUGGCUAUGAUCUUUACAGCAGCGCUUUGGCGGAUAUAUUAAGCGAACCAUCACUAUCAACUCCGAUAACUGUUGGUCUUUAUGCAAAGUGGGGAUCGGGAAAAUCUUUUUUAUUAAAUAAGCUCAGAGAAGAGAUGAAAAAUUUUGCUCGGCAAUGGCUCGAUCCAUCUUUCCAGUUUUCUUCAUUAUUAUUUCUUAUUAUAACUCACACUUCCCUCUUGAUUGGAGUAAUCAUUGGUCUUAUCUGUCAAUCAUGGAUAACUGGGCUAAUAUCUGGAGGAAGUUUAGUUAUUUUUAUAUACCUCUUCCUAUUAUUGAUUCAGUAUGCUAAUAAACGAUAUGACUGGUAUUGGCCUUACAGUUUCACUGUAACAUUGAGCACUAAACUGAAAUCUCUGAAACUACUGUUACAAGUGCUUUUUUGCCAUCCACCAGGCAAUCAAACACACGAUGGUAUUACUAUACAACCAAUUAAAUUCUUUUUCACGGAUCAAACGCGUGUGGGAACGACAACAGCUGGCGAAAAUGCCGUUGUACAGAUGGUUGGUUCACUGUACGAUUCUAUUGAAGAUGAAUUUGGUUCAUUACCAACACGACUGUACAGAGCUUUUCGACCAAAGCCUGUUAAAACUACUACAACUUGGAAAUGGAGAUAUCUUUGUUGUCUUCCUUACGUUGCAAUAUUUGAAUUCUGUUUCUGUAGUUUCGUCGUUGGGAUCACGAUACUCACUGUGUAUAUUAUAGAUUCAUCUUCUAAUAAGCCAGUAAUUGAGCGCAUAACGGCACAUAUUAUUAUGAUUAGUAUUGCUUUAUUAUUGGCCGUUAGUAUAAUUGCAAAUUUAUAUACUUGGAGCAGAACGCUUCAAUCUCUCAUUUUCUCUCAGCGUAGACAACUUAGACGACGGAUUGCUAAACUUGAAACAUUGAAAAGUGAAGGUUUUUUACAAACACUAAGAAGUGAAGUGAAUCUUAUGACUGAAAUGGUUAAAUGUUUAGAUGGUUUUACAGCCCAAAAAAGUAGAUUAGUAGUGAUUGUUGACGGUCUUGAUAGCUGUGAACAAGACAAAGUUUUAUUGGUACUCGAUGCCAUUCAGUCUUUAUUUAGUGAUAAUGGAUGUCCAUUCAUUGUUAUUUUAGCUAUUGAUCCUCACAUUAUAUCUAAGGCUGUAGAAGUGAACAGCCGUAGGCUUUUCACGGAAUCAAAUAUUGGAGGUCAUGAUUAUCUUCGCAAUAUGGUGCAUUUACCAUUUUAUUUGCAAAAUAGUGGUCUUCGAAAAGUCAAAAUAGCGCAACAGACAGCUUUAUAUAGUAAUAAAAAAACGACAUGGAACGAAGCUGAAGAGAGUGUAAAUUACACAACAACGAAUCCAUUGCAUCGAUCGAUAUCGAAUCGACGUUUAAGUACCGAAUCUAGCGUAAUAAAUAGCACUGAGAAACUAAAGCCACCAAGUCGCAAGGGUAGCAGAAAGUUGAGAUUAAGCGACUCAAUUGCUAGUAGUAUAGGGAGCAAUUUGAAUCGCCUAAGUGGAGCUCAGGACUUAAAUAAGAUGCUUCUGACGGACGAUUAUUUUAGUGACGUUAAUCCACGAAGUAUGAGACGAUUAAUGAAUGUUGUUUACGUUACAGGAAGAUUAUUGAAAGCAUUCCAAAUUGAUUUUAAUUGGUAUCAUUUAGCAAGUUGGAUCAAUAUUACUGAACAGUGGCCAUUUCGAACUUCAUGGAUGAUUUUCUAUUAUGAUACAAGCGAAGACAAUCUUGAAGAUUCUAUGUCAUUAAAAACACUUUAUGACAAGGUUCGUCCCCAAAUUCCAAUCUUCAAAGAUGCCCAACCAUUACUUGAAAUGGACAGAGACGAACGCAAACUCGACGUAUUUCUGACGUUUCAUCGCUCUAGCCUUCUUGUUAGUGAUAUGAAGAUUUUUCUACCAUUUACAAUAAACCUUGAUCCAUAUGUUAAAAAAAAAAUCAAAGAAGAGCAACAAAGUUUAGACGAGGAAUCAAAUCACCGUGGAAUGUCCAAGUGGAACAAUUCUUUAUCAAUUAGUGGUGCUCAUGGAAUCAUAGAUUCUAACUGUCCUAUAAAUAGUCAUUCAACAACCUUUACUCAACAAUCUCGAAUAUCAAAAUCGAAUAUUGGUCGCAUGUCAUCAGAAUUUACAUUACUACCGCAGUUUUUAUCUACGCAAACGCCUACAGCCGUUUGGUCAAACACGAAGCAAGGCUAUGAGUGGCAAAUGGUUCAGUGGCCGCAUCUGCCAUCUCCAAUGGAAUCUGUGCAUAAGCCCUUUUGUGCAGUUACCACUUUACCAUCGGAUGUAUUGGAUAUUAAGCUUUCAAUACUUACAGUUCAAGGCUUAUGCGAUUUACUUGAUAAAAUUCAAGAUUUAAAUUCAAAUCAAAUACCACGUUAUAAAGAAAUUAUCAAAGAAAAUAAUAUUAGUGGCAGAGUAUUGCUUCAUUGUAACUUAUUGGAAUUAAAAAAUGUACUUAAAAUGUCAUUUGGCGAUUGGGAACUAUUUCGUAUGGUAGUUAUUUCUUUGAGAGAGCAAGAACUAACUAUAUUAAUAACUCAAGAAGAAAGUCCUCGGAGCGUUAGAUUUGUUGUUGAUUCGGAUGAACGUAUCUGUAAAGAAUACAUGAGCCAAAAUAAUAUUACAAGAGUUCCUACAAUUAUAGAAAAAGAAAAGAAUUUAUCUAGAACAGAUGGUUCUUCAAGAAGGGAUCAAAACAAACAAUCUAUUAUGGAAAAACAGACACAGUUUCAGGUUACAUUAGAAGAGCAGAUGAUAUGUGGUGCAUUACAAACUCUGAAUGAAGAGGCUUGUGAGGAUGUGUUUGACGUACCAGUAUCACCAGUUAUGCCUGCAGAUUUGCUGCCAGAUGAUCCAGCAAGAUCAAGAACAUCAAGCCUGUCUCAGGACACGGACUACGUGAUCUUACAAUCGAGUCCACUAUUGCAAUGGAUGCCAAUGUCCAACGAACCUGAAAAUGGUGGAUCGAGUUCUGACAGCUCCCUUAACUCUGGAAAUUUACUGCCUAUUCAUCGUAGUAACUCCCAACGAAGUAUAAAUUCGCGCUGUAGUGUCAUUUCAAGCUUCUCUUCCAAUCACUAUAAAACUCCGUUGACAAAUACAAUGUAUCAAAGGAAUUCUGAAAAGCAGCUAUUGACACGAAGACCAUCGUCGUUAGUGAUCUCACCACCAUCUUCACCACGAUGUUCUUCGAAAUCCAAAUUUUCUACCGAAUAUGCUGUCAGUGAUUUAAUGCUUGUCAAUUCCUCGAAACAUUCAAAUUCUACGCAACGUUCGAAUUCCUCUGGGCAGGAGUUUGUAAUUUCUAUUUCUGUGCCCAAUAUUAGCACUCCAAGUACUUGUUUCAACAGUAGCGGAUUCAGUAAAUUAACCCGGUUGAAAGAAAAAUUGUUGAAUACAAGCAAAUCACAUUAUAAAGAAGCUUCAAUUGAAUCGGUAAAAAUUGAUCGAGUUACCAAUGAUGAGUCAACACCCUUAGUAUCUGAAUUGUCAAGAUCAAUGAAUUCUACCGUUGAUAACAUUUUCAAGUGCACAAAGCUUAACAUCGAAAACAGUGAAUCGCUGUCCUUUGAUUCGCUAGCCAAGAACUCAUUUGAAAAUGCUGAACAUGCAAAUUUGGAUGAAUUAAAUUAUUAUCCGUUACAAAAAAAUUUAGUAUUGGAAUCAAAUUCACCAAGCGGAAAUCAUCCUUUAUCACGACAGAAUGCUCAAGAUUGGGAAAAUCCUGAGACGCCAGUUUAAAUAUAUAACUAAAGCAACAAGUUCGCUUAUUUUCGUACUGAUUAUCCAACAUUAUUGAAA